AUGAACUAUAAAUACUUUUCUCUAGGGUUUUACUGUCUGGAAGGCAGCUCACUGAGACCCACCUCCCAGUUCCUGUGCCCACAGGGCUAUUACUGUGAAGAGGGCACUGCCACCCAUCAUGGGUCACCUUGCCCUGCUGGUACAGCAGGGGAACAACUGGGUCAGACAAGUAGGGCAGCCUGCAAGAGAUGUAGAGAAGGACGCUUCUGUCCUGCAGGUGUGAAGGACUGUCUUAAAUGCCCGGCAGGUUUUUACUGUCCCGAGGGGAGAAGCGACCCUGUGCCCUGUCCACCGGGCUCCUUUAACCCCUUAGAGGGUCAGGAUGAGUUGGCUGAUUGUAGAGAGUGCUAUGCAGGGAAGGCCUGCACACAGGUAGCUCUGAGAGCCCCCGAUGUGGACUGCAUGCAAGGGUUUGUGUGUCCCCCUGGUUCUUCUAAACUCAAUGCGCCGACCAAUGCCUGCCCACCAGGGACAUUGAGCAAUCGCACUGACCUCACUGACCGCUCCCAGUGUCAGCAGUGCCCAGCACGAUAUGCCUGUCUUCGAGGAACUGGUGGUAUCCAGAGACCACCACUCCUCUGCUUUGCAGGGCAUUAUUGUCCCCCUGGAACUAUGUUCCCCACCCAGUAUAAAUGUCCUGUGGGGACAUGGAGUGGUCACAGUGGAUUAAAAGCUGAAAGUGAGUGCCGGCCAUGCCCACAGGGCUGGUACUGUUUGGCUGGAUCUGGAUCUCCGUCAGGUCGAUGCAGCUCUGGACACUACUGUCCUGAAGGGACUGCAUAUGGCACCCAGUUUCCUUGCCCUGCAGGCACCUACAGCAUCCAAAUGGGCAACAGAUACAGAGAAGACUGCCUGAUUUGUCCUGAAGGCUCUUUCUGUCAAAAGGGCACCUCCAAACCUUCACCCUGCCCAGCCUCCACAUUUCGCCAUCUGAAAGGAGGUCGGAGGCUAGAGGACUGCUCUGCUUGCCCUGCUGGCUAUUUUUGUCCCCACUCAGCCACUGUCAACCCCAGAGUGUGUGGAACUGGCAGCUACUCUGACGAGGGCUCUGUGGAGUGUUCUCCGUGCCUGCAGGGCCACUACUGCAGUAAUGAGACCACUAGUGAGGAAGCCAUGUUGAGCGUCAUGGUGUGCCCCCCAGGCUUUCUCUGCUCUCAAGGUUUGGCACGAGACCCCCAGCGCUCAGCCACCCUCUGUCCUCGAGGUUUCUACUGCCUUGGAGGAGGCAUUGAUCCUAACCCCAUUCCUUGCCCAAAUGGUACCUACAGUGAAUCUCCUGGUCUGCGUGAUACCAGCGAGUGUGUCCAGUGUCCAGAGGGGAAGUACUGUUACUCCCAGCAGCCUCAGGAGCAGCCUAUUACCAGGCCUACCGGUGUGUGUCCUCAUGGGCACUAUUGCCCCAGAGGGACUGGCUACCCACACACCUACCCCUGUCAGGCUGGCCAAUAUAGGAACAAUACACUUGGUCACAGGGGAGAGGCGUGUGUUUUAUGUCCAUCCAGGCAUUACUGUGACAGAUUGGGAACUCACAUGCCCUUAGUCUGCCCUCAGGGCUUUUACUGUCCAGAGGGCACUUCUACUCCGGAACCUUGUCCUGAAGGAACCUACAGCAUACGUUUAGCUCUCAGUGAUGGGUCUGAGUGCUCCCCUUGUGGUGGAGGCCAGUAUUGCACCAGUGUGGGACUCUCAGAGCCCUCUGGAAGCUGCAAAGAGCGCUUCUACUGUAGAGAGGGAGCCAAGUCUGCAACUCCUGCAGAUGGGCUGACAGGAGGUUUGUGUCCGGCAGGAAGUUACUGUCCUCUAGCUUCUUCCUCUCCCCUCCCCUGUCCCCCCGGCACCUUCAGCAACAGCACUGGCCUCGGCAGUCCUGAGGAAUGUAUCAGCUGUCCACCAAGUUUCUAUUGUUUAGGUUCCAACAACACCUCACCUUCGGGUCCUUGUUUUCCUGGUUUCUACUGUACCGGUGGCUCAGCUACACCUGUUCAGAAUGAAGCAGAGGAGGGUUAUUAUACCUUGGAGGGGGCAGCUAGGCCACAACCAUGUCCUCUUGGCACUUUUCAGUCGCGUCGAGGUGCACAGUCAUGUGUGGAGUGUCAGGGAGGCAGACUGUGUAACAAGACAGGCUUGUCCCAGCCAACACUGUGUCCCACAGGACACUACUGUCCUCCGCGGUCCUCUGUUGCUCGACCCUGUCCUCCAGGCUCUUACUCUGACCAGCCUGGUGGCGACGCUGUGCACCACUGUCGGCCAUGCGAGGCUGGUUGGUUCUGCAGCAGAGCCGGUCUCUCUGAACCUCAGGGUCUCUGUGACCCGGGACACUACUGCACCUCUGGAGCCUCCACUGCCUCUCCAGUGGCCGUGGCCUCUGGAGGGGUAUGUUCUGCAGGCUACGUCUGUCCACGAGGGACCAUGUACUCCCAGCAGCACCCCUGCCCUGUCGGAACCUGGAGCAGCACUGUGGGAGCCCAGAACCUGUCCUCCUGCUGGCCCUGCCCUCCAGGACUCUACUGCAACAGUACUGGACUCAGCCAGCCCUCAGGAAUCUGUUAUGCAGGGUAUUACUGUUCAGGAUGGGCCGUGUCUUCAAUGCCUUCAGAUGGUGUGACAGGGGACAUUUGUCCAAUUGGACACUACUGUCCCAUGGGCUCAAGGUCUCCUGUACUCUGCCCUGAUGGGACGUACUCGAACACUACAGGGGCAGACGAGUGUGAUGACUGCCUCUCAGGGACCUACUGUCUGUCAGGAGAAGGUGUCCAGCCCUGUCCAGCAGGACACUACUGUCUUGGUGGCGGUGUUGAGGGUAUCCUGCCCUGCCCUCCUGGCACAUACAGUCCUCACUUUGGCCUCAGCCAAGUGGAGCAGUGCCUCAUUUGUCCAGCAGGGUUCUACUGUGAGGACUGGGGUCUGUUUGAACCUACUGGACCCUGUCAAGCUGGUUACUACUGCAUAGCAGAUGGUAACUUCAGCACAGGAGUGGGAGGAGCAUGUCCAAGGGGGAGAUACUGUCCUGAGGGUACCAGUCUCCCACUGCCCUGUCCACCAGGAACCUACUCUAACAGUCUUCACCUGACAGACACCCGUGGCUGUAGUCCAUGUCCAGCGGGUCAGUUCUGUGGCACUGCAAGUCUCACUCGUCCAUCUGGACUGUGUCAGGCAGGAGUUUACUGUCCAGGGGGAGACAGAAAAGCUACAGGCUCGGAAGGAGGUCUCUGCCCACCAGCUCAUUACUGCCCUGAGGGUAGUGCGAGCUCAGUGCCCUGCCCAGCUGGGGCAUACACCAACCUCACAGGCCAGUCAGUGUGUUCACGCUGCCCGGCUGGCUACUACUGUCCAGAAAAGACUGGCAACUUCACCAAGUUUCCCUGUCCCCCUGGCUUCUACUGCCCUGAUGGUACAAGGCAUGCCACCCAGUUUCCCUGUCCUCGUGGAUACUACAACCCAGAGCCUAUGACUCAGAGUCUGGACAGCUGCCUGCCAUGUCCUCCAGGACACUACUGUGAGAAGGAGAGGCUGACCAAAGUGUCUGGAAAAUGCAAGGCUGGUUGGUUCUGUGUGUCAGCAGCAUGGAACUCCCAGCCUUUUGACCUGGACAAUUACACCAAUGCCAACUGUCUUUGUCCAGCUACAUCAACAGGGGGGCGCUGCCAGGUGGGCUUUUACUGCCCCUUAGGUAGCUCAGAGCCUGUGCCUUGUCCACCUGUAACUAUUUGA